AUGUCCCGCAGACAACCCGCCCAUAUCUUUUCGCAGCGUCUCUCUUGGGCUAGCCGGUCAUUGCAUGUGCCCCAUGGCGCUCGCUUCGCUUCGACUACCCCUCUCCACAAGCCCCGCCUCGCAUCUCGCAAAGUCGCCUAUACCCUCUUCGGCCUCUCCCUCUCUCUCCCCGCGGGCUACUACCUGUUCCCCUCCUCUUCCCCUCUUCUCCCAUAUAAAUACUCUGAUCAGCCUCUCCAGUCCUCCAGCCCCCUUACUCCAGUACAUAAGCUCCUCAUAGUCGCUGUGCCGCCAUCAUCGAAAGAAUGGUUUGAGAAGCCCUACAGGACCGAUGGCACCCUGGCAGAUGUGGAGGGCGGAGAGAUAGUCGUGCAGCAUGUCAUGGUCAAGAGCCCAGAUAUACAGAUUGAAAGGCCGUAUACGUUGAUCAAUGAUCCGGUACAAGAGAAAAGUAUGAGGAUGGUGGUAAAGCGUGUUCCGGGGGGUGAGGUUGGGAGAGUCGCGCACUUUACAAAAGAAGGGGACGAUCUGGGCAUAAGAGGCCCGAUUCCCACCUUCUCCAUCUAUCCUAGCCAAUAUGACAAGAUUGUCAUGAUCUCUACAGGAACAGCCAUAACACCCUUCCUCCAGCUCCUCUCCAAGCUCUCCCCCUCGUCGGCUCCUUCUCUCGAGAUAAUACAUGCCCUCCCAACCCCUUCUCCUAAUGCCUUGGCCUCCAACGGCUCGACCCCUCUGUCCCCGCUCGAUCUUGAUUGGGCCAACUCGCAACAAGACCCCGCCUUUUUGCCUAGGCAAGUGGAGAAGUUUGGGAGCGGCCUGAAAGUGACGAGAUUUGUGCAAGGCACUGUGCCACGGGAGGCUGUGGAGGGUGCUUUGGUGGGGGUGAGUAAGGAGAGAGUGCUUGUAUUGGUCUGUCUUCCGCCUUGGCUGAUGCGCCCAUUAUGCGGUGGCAUGACACCGAAUCUCGACCAAGGCCCGGUCACUGGGGUCUUGCGAGACCUCGGUCUCUCUUCUCGACAAGUUUACAAACUUGAAUGA